AUGGUGUCUAAAACCAUUUGCACCAUCCUUAAAUGCCUUGUAGUUCUUGCAGCUGUUGCCUCGUUGAUAGCUAACUGCGUCCUGAUAUGGCUCAAUACUCAACGCACUCCAAAGUGCCCGGUUCAACACUUGAACCCAGUACAACUUGCAGCUCAUAAUGAGAAAAGUGACGUUUUUGCUGACCUCUCCGUUGAGGAGUUACUACAGGUUCGCGACUACAUGGUGAAGAUCCCAGAGAUGAAUAUCACAUUUCAACCAUUGACACCUCCUUCAGUUGAUUAUUUGUAUCUGAUUGAACUCUCCCUACCAAAGAAAGGGGAUGUUAUGCAUUAUCUGGAUUCGAGAAAAUCAAAACCAGCAAGAGAGGCUACAGCAGUGGUUUUCCAUGGCAGCAAAAACAUCGUAAAGGAGUAUGUGGUGGGUCCUCUCCCAAAUCCAACCUACCACCGUGAUGUCACCUUUGAAAGAUACAAAAUGGAAAUUCCUUUGACUGCACGGCCACCACACUAUGGGGAACAUGUGCUCAGGGCAAUAUUUAUCCAACAUGCAUUAAAACCCAUCAGUGCACUUCUGAAUGAGAGUUUUGGAAUUGAUGCAGCUGCGGACCCUGUUUUUCAUGAUGCUUCACCUAGAGGUGUCAAGUCAGGUGACAGACAGACGUGGCUUUCAUUUUGUAGAAAUGUGGAGGGCUUCUUCAUUCACCCAGUAGGUUUUGAGAUUCUGCUCAACCACAAAAGCACAAAUUUUCUCUCUUGGCGGGUGGUUAAAGUGCUGUAUAAUGGUCAGUACUUUGACAGUAUAAGUGAACUAAAGCAGCAAUAUGAGGCCAGUGCUGUGAAGAAAAUAGUUUAUAAACCUAUUCCAAAUUAUGCUUCACUCAGACCCAAACAGAAACCUACAGGCAUAGCACCCCAGCAGUUUCAUGUACAAGGAAAGAGGUUCAGUAUACAAAACAAUCACAUUGUGUACCUCGACUGGAGCUUUGCCUUUGGUAUGAGCCCCCUUAGAGGCAUGAGAGUUUUUGAUGUUCGCUUUAAAGGGGAGAGAAUCAUCUAUGAAUUAAGUGUGCAAGAGGCUAUGUCUGUCUACGGAUCUGUCACCCCACAUACCAUGAUCACCAAGUUCCUCGAUGGAAGCUUUGGUAUUGGUAAAUGCGCCUACGAGUUGGUCCGUGGGGUCGACUGCCCCUAUUCAGCCACUUACAUCGACACUUACCACUUUUUGGACACUGGAGUCCCACGCCAACUGAAAAACUCAAUUUGCGUCUUUGAGCAUGAUGUUGCCCUUCCUCUACGAAGACACUUCUCAGAGAUAAUAUACAACAGUUAUGGGGGUUUAGCAAACAGUGUCUUAGUUUUCAGAACAAUCACAGCCAUAGGAAACUAUGACUACGUGUGGGAUUUCAUCUUCUAUCAGAGUGGCUCAGUAGAAGCCAAAGUGAGAGCCACCGGCUACAUUGCCUCAUCGUUCACGUUGAACAACAGUUAUACAUAUGGACAUCAAGUAGCAGAAAAUGUCACUGGAAACAUCCACACUCAUUUUGUUAAUUUCAAAGUGGAUCUUGACGUUUUAGGUGUGAAGAAUGUAUUCCAGGUUAAAGACAUGGAGUUUGUGAAUGUCUCACUGCCAUGGAACCCUGAACAUUACACCAUGAUCCCUAGGUUGGUGGAGUCUGAGUUUCAAACAGAGCAGGAGGCAGCCCUUCAUCAUGACUCAAAGACUCCACGCUACCUCCACAUUGCUAGCAACCAGAAGAACCACUGGGGCCACCAGCGCUCCUACCGAUUGCAGGUUUUCAGUUUCCCAGGAGACCACCUACCUGAAAACCAGGCUGAGGAACGGGCUAUGUCGUGGGCCAGGUAUAAGUUGGCCAUUACUAAGCACAAAGAUUUGGAGCAGAGCUGUGGCAGUUUGUACAAUCAGAAUGAGAUGUGGGCUCCAGCUGUGGACUUUAGCAAGUUUAUAGCAGACAAUGAACGCAUUGUAAAUGAGGACCUGGUUGCCUGGGUGACUGCCGGUUUCCUCCACAUCCCUCAUGCAGAGGACAUCCCCAACACAGUUACUGUGGGGAACGGAGGUGGGGUCCUGCUGCGGCCCCAUAACUACUUUGACGAAGACCCGUCCAUUCACUCUGUUGAUGGGGUGUACUUUGCCCCAGGCAGUGAGGAUAGCUGUGAAUACAACAAGAUGGCCUGCCUGGUUAAAGAGACCUGCAGCCCAGUGCUAGAGCCCUUCUCCUAUAAUGGGUUCCUGGGAGGAUAG